AUGGAGAACUGGUCGGAUGACAGCUGGAACUGUUGUUAUCACUGGUGGAAUACUAGCAACAGUGAUACUGCUUUGUAUCAUAGGUGUGCUCUGUUACUGUAGACUCCAGUAUUAUUGUUGCAAGAGUGAAUCGGACGAUGAGGAGGAAGACUCAGAUUUACACCCUCACCCACACUUGGCAUGCGACGCCUGCAACGCGCACUUUGAAGACGGGUUUCUCACUCAGCUGCCUGCGCCGGUUGAGCCCAGACAGGCAGCGGCGAGGGCCUCGUGUCCCGACUGCUCCCCCCGCCGCUCCCCAUUUUACAUACAGACCGCCGAGGAGAUGCGCAACGGAGGCGAUCGGGUCGCCUACACUCCCGCCCGCUACAAAGAGGCGGGCCCACCCUUCAAAAUGUCGUCGCUCCAAGGUUACCCGGUGAGCCGCCAGAGCACGGUGCGGGAGACGCCGGCCAGCGGCAGGGCUAUAAGUACUGAGGUGUGAACUAGGGGUGGGAGAGAGGGCGGCAGUCGGAGGAGGAGGCAACAUCCUUCCAUUGCUGGGAAAGCAAAAAAAAAUACCCUGCAAAAAAAAAUGUCUUUGAACAAGAGGUUCCAAUAAAGGCAAUGUACCUUUCCCAAA